AUGAAAGUGCACGAGAUUAACUCUGUUCCACAAGAUACAAUUAUGAGUGCGGUAUGUGAAAACAGAUUUGUAUUGGCUUCUUGGGACUGUAAGCUGUGUCUGUACUCCAGUGAUGCACUUGAGUUGAUUAAGCAAGUUUGUAGUGAUUCUCCUGUUACAAGAGUCAUCUUGUCUUCAGGCACUGAAGAAGGGGAUGAUUCUAUACGUGUUAUCACUGGAGACAUCGAAGGAAAGGUCUGUAUGUACGAUGGCUUUCUGAACAAAACAAAGGAAAUACAAAGCGGUGUUGGUGGAAUACAGUUUCUUCAUCAAUGUGGCAGUACAAUAGUCGUUGGUGGAUGGAAUAAGAAAAUUGUAUUUAUUGAAUCAAGCGGGAUAAGAAAUACACUUGAUACUGAUGGAAAGAUACACUGUUCAGCCAUUAUUGGAGAUAUAUUAAUCUGUGGACAACAUAACUCAGUUGUGGGAUACAAUAUUAGCAAUUGCUCUGUGUUUUUCAGGCGGCUAUUUGAUAUGCCUGUGCGCUCACUUGCGAUUCAUGCCAGUGGAUUUUUUGCUGGAACCACAAGUGGAAGAAUAUAUUAUGAGGAUUUUGCAAAUGGAGACAAUUCGUACGUAUUCAACGCACACUACGACAUUUCAGGAGAAGUAAAGACAUUCUAUCCGGUCAAUGCUCUGGUUAUACACAAGCAUCUGUAUUCUGGUGGAUCUGAUGGAAAACUGUUGAGAUGGAGGCUUGGCUCAAAGAAAACAUGCAAAGUGAUGCACACACAGGCAGUUGGCGUCAGUAGCAUAUGCACUAAAACAAACCGAUUGUUUGUGACGUUUUCAUAUACUCAUGACAACGGUCAGAUCGACAAGUAUUCUAGCAAGGCAUUCGCAAUUGAUAUAUGA